AAUUUUUUGCCUUCGUCAUCAAGUUCAGCGUCAUCACCUCUUUUUCUUCCGUCAUACCUUUCGCCUUGUCGACGUCGACACUUUGUAUCGUCAUCAAAAAGGGCUCGCGAAAUAUCCCACACGCGGCAUCAAAAAGACGAAAAUCGAAUCACCGACGAUCCUACAAGAAGGGCACCUCUACCCCUUUUCAUACUGUAUGUGCACGCAUGAAUUAUCGUUUUGUAUCGUUUGCUCUAUGGCCUAAGCCUCGGGAAAAGAAAGAACACGUAGUCUAAGUCGUAUUUUUUAAAAAAGAAAGUAACAGAAAGAAAUACUCCAGACGUGUCUCACUCUUGGAAAUCCAAAAGGCGCGCGUUUUUCCAUUGCUUUUAUCUUUGACUUCUCGGACUUGAAGGAGAAGAAGAACCCUUUAUUCCUUGUACAUAUUUUUAUACCACACACACACACACACAAGACUACACAACGAAGAAUGACCGACGCUGCCGAUACAGUCACUGUUCCCAACAACCCACUAGAGGUGCACGCGCCGCAAACAGUUCCCGAAAACGAGUCACACAUAUCCUCCAAGCGACAAGCUUCUGAGCAGCCUGACGAUGCCAAGGAAGUUAAGACACGCAAAACAUGCGAUUCCAUGGGCCAGAAUGACCCUGCUCUGGAUUUAGUGCAGGUCAAAUUUGAACCCAAUGUCGAAGCUGCAACAACGGAUUCCACUGCAAAACCAUCAGUUGAUAACAGCUGCAACGGCAAUACAGACGCCGCUGCUGUUACUGCUACCACUACCAACAAUAACGACAAUAACAUAAAUAAUAGCAACAAUGGUAACACAGCAACAGCAUCACCCGCCACCACGACCAACAACGGAAACAAUAAUGCACCCACCGCAACGACCUCUGUACCGAUAAUCCCCAUAUCCGCCCCAUCUACUGCUAUUUCUUCAACAGCCGCUGCUACUACUACUACUACUAGUACUAGUACCACUGCUCCCGGCAUCACAUCUGUACCUGCACCUACAACAACAGCUACUACUACUACUACCGCCACCACGACAGCAACAGCUACUCCAUCAUCUUCAUCACCUGUUGCACAAUCACCACCAACCACCACAACAAUCAACGGCAAGCCCAUAAUACAGCUCAAGGGCAAUCCUGACGACCAGACACCCAAUUCAGAGGCCGUUGAGGCAGCAGCCGUUGCAGCAGCAGCAGCGGCAGCAGCGGCCGCGGCAGCCGCCUCCACCAACGGCAUGCUCUCAAUGCCAACAGGAACACAAGGGCAGUCGCAACCGCUGUUUAUCACCGAGCAACAGCAGCAGUUCCUCCAGACAUAUGCACAGGCAAGCGGACAAGAUCUCGCAAACCUUACGGCGUCGUCCUUGGCCCAAGCGAUGGUUUCACCAAUUGCCGUUCCCGGUCUAAAUUUAUUACAGCAUCUUCAGGGUGGGAAUGUAAUCACUGCACUUCCAGGCCCGCCGCAGAUACCACAGCCAACACCAAUGCCACAACCCUCUGACGCUGGUGUUGGUGGUGCUAAUGCGUCUAAUACCGCUGGUGGUAGUAGUAGUGCUGCUGCUGUAGCUGGUACUGUGGGUGGUGGAACUAAUUCAGGCGCAAGCGAGAGUCCGAUUGACGAUGCAGAUAACAGCAACAAGCAACGUAAUCCGGCGACACGCAACAUGAGCAACGACGAACGACGACAGCGACGUCUGUUACGGAAUCGCAUGGCAGCCAAAGAAUGUCGCAAGAAGAAAAAGCAGUAUAUCCAGGACAUGGAGGACAAGAUAAAAAGUCUCGAGGAUGAGAACGCACGACUGCACAAACAGGUGAACGAAUUGAACGCUAAACUGGCAUUGGGUGGUGCUAUGCAGAAUUCGUCCGAAAGCUAUCGCUUGAUGAAGGAGGUUGAGGAAUUGAACGCAAAGCUGGGCAUGGGCCAUUUACCUGCAGGUAGUAGUAGUGCAUUUACUGCUGCAGUCAUGGCAGCCGCUACUCAGCACCAACAGCAGCAGCAGCAGCAGCAGCAGGCACAAGCACAAGCACAGGCACAGGCACAGCAAGCACAGACACAACAAUCGCAAGAUCCAUCAACACCGCAGUCGUCGUCGUCGGAGCAGCAGCAGCAGCAAGAGGAUCAAGUACAAAAACAACAACAACAACAACAACAACAAGCGUCACCCACGCCAGAGGUGGCACAGCCACAUACGACGGAGCAGGAGAGCAGUAUUAGUGCUGGUGACGAUGAUGGUGGCGGUGGUGCUGCUGCUGCUACUACUACUGUUACUAAAGAAGGCGACAAAGCCCAGCUGGUGGAACUCGAGACGCAGUUGAUGGCGACACCUUCGCCAGGGCGGGACAAGGCUUAAAAAGGAAUAUCUUUUCAUAGCACACUGUUUUCGUUAAACGCCGAGUUUGGAGUCGCCCACUUGACCAACUCUAAAGUUGUUGUUGUUGUUGUUGGUGUGGCAGUCGUGGUUCUUAAAAUAAACCCUCUCUCUCUCUCUCUCUCUCUCUCUCUCUCCAAGGGCUAA